GAAGGAACACUAAUAAUCGGAAAAGAAAAGAAAAAAAAAACUAAAAGGAAUAAUCAUAUAUAAAUUUUGGAUUUCGCACGUAGCUAGCUACAGAAGACAAAGGGGCCUUGAGUCUCGAGAUCUUGUCAGAUCGGAACGCAACCGCCACCGAGAUCGUUUUGUUUGUGGUGCUUUUCUUUCUUCCUCACUUUUUCUCAUACCUCUGCAAUGUGCCUCUCUUAUUUUCCUAUUUCGGAGAUCUGUUUUGUUCUUAUUUCAAUGCUUAUGUCAUGUUUUAAUGUUCCUGUUUUUGUUAAUUAAACGAAGCCAAGCCAAACCAUGGACUCUUUUUUGGUUAUUUCUAUUUCCAUUUAAAUAGAUUUUGUGUAUAUUUUUCGUCCUUGGGCCACGUUGGAAUUGCCUUUCCCCGACCUCGUCGUUAAAAUUUGCAUGCGUGUUUCCGAAUGAUUCUGCUGUUAUUCCCGGAAUAAUACCUUCAAAUGCCUCUCUUACCGCUUUUCUCCGGUUACAAGUCAAAACACAUUCAAAACCGUUGUUGUUGUUGUGGUUUUUUUUUGUUUCAAAAAAUAAAUAAACAAAAAGGUUUCUGAGUAGUUAUUAGAAUUUCUGCUAGAGAAACAUUUUUUUUUUCUUUUCAAACAGGGUGUCGUGCGCGAGAUUAAUUCAUUGGCGUCAGCUUAGCUUGGGCCACAAGAUGCUUUCAAGCGUUAUGGGAAGGGAAGUUACUGGCAUACAGGUUAUGGAAAAGAAGCCAAAUGGUGCGAUAGGGGCUUCAAAUGGCAGUUUAAGUGAUAGAAUGCGUGUUUCUCCCAAAAUUGCGGCAAUGGUUCAAGCAAUGGAUCAUGAGAUAAAGGAAUCUGCUGAAGCUAAUUCGUUUGAGAAACAUCAUGAGAGGAAAGAUGUUUUGAGUGCCAAAAACAUGAAAUUAAAUGCUGGCUUGCCAGAAGAGGAGAAUGAGAAAUCUGAUCAGGUUCCAAGCCCCUCUGUUCCACAGCCAUCUGAUCAGGUUACUGAAAAGCAUGUCACCCACGCACAGGCUGUUGAUACUGAAGCUGACGCAAGUGGUCUGAACUUAUCUCCUAAAGCUAACAAUAUACACUCGCCUAAUUCCUCUAAGAAUUCACAGCCAAACUCACCUUUUUCACCAAGGAAGUCGUAUCAUGAUGAUGAAGAUAAUUGGUCUGCUGCUUCCUCCGUUGCAUCUGCACGCACUGCCAAAUCUAAGGUAACUGUAGGUUCAGCCCCUACUUUUAGAUGCUCGGAUCGUGCAGAGAAACGGAGGGAGUUUUAUCUGAAAUUAGAGGAGAAACAUCGAGCUCUUGAAGAAGAAAAAAACCAGUAUGAGGCAAGGAAAAAGGAAGAGGAAGAUGCAGCAAUUAAACAGUUGAGAAAGAAGCUGGUCGUUAAGGCAAAACCAGUACCAAGCUUCUAUUAUGAGGGGCCACCCCCCAAGACUGAACUCAAGAAGCAGCUGCCACUGACUCGCCCCAAGUCACCAAAACUGUCCCGGAGAAGGAGCUGUGGUGAUGCUGCCGGCAUAUCCCCAGAAAUUUCUACUCGAGGACGUCACAGUGUUGGCAAUAACCCAAAACAUGGUAGCCUUGUCCCUCCCAAAAACAAGGACCUGGUCACUGGACGUAACAGCAAUGGCUCUAGCAAAACCAAAGAACGACCAAAACUGGAUAAGGAAACAAAAACAGCUCCUCCUAAAAUCACUGAGCAGACAAAUGCGGACAUAUCAGUCCAAUCAUGAGCUUAUCAAGAUUUUACUGACCUCCAGCUGAGAAGAAAAUAACCUUCAUUUUCCUUUGCCUUACCAGAUGGGAUACUUUGCAGAAAAGAUGGCCUAAUUUUCUUUUCAUCCGGACUGACAUUUUUAUGUGGUUUGUUUUUUUUUUUUUUUUAACUUGAAGUGUAUAUGUUUUGUAAGUUAUAUCGGCACACAUUGUUUUAUAUAUAAAUAGUUAUUGAUGUAAGAUGUAUGUACGAAAUUUGAUAUCCUCAAAUUGCUCCAGACUUAGUAAGGGAAAUUUAUAUGAAAUAUAUUCCUUUUUGUAGGAUCUUUAACUUAUUUUA